AUUGCGUCUUUGAAGCCAGGCUUUAUAAACUUACAGCUGUUUUCAGUAGAACAUUUUCUCUCCAGGUUUACUACAGAAGAGUUCUUCACCAUGAGUCUGUGUUUGGCCGUGCUGGCUGUGUGCCUCAGUGCAGUAUUUGCUGCCCCCAGUCUGGACCGAGAACUAGACAGCCAUUGGGAGCAGUGGAAGGAGUGGCAUGGUAAAAAAUAUCAUGAGAAGGAAGAAGGCUGGAGGCGAAUGGUCUGGGAGAAGAACUUGAAAAAGAUUGAGCUGCACAACCUGGAGCACUCAUUGGGCAAGCACACCUACCGCCUGGAAAUGAAUCACUUUGGUGACAUGCCCCAUGAAGAAUUCCGGCAGGUCAUGAAUGGCUUCAAGCACAAGAAGGACAAGAAGUCCAAGGGAUCCCUCUUCAUGGAGCCCAACUUCCUGGAGGUCCCAAGCAAGUUGGACUGGAGAGAGAAGGGAUAUGUUACUCCUGUCAAAGACCAGGGUCAGUGUGGUUCUUGCUGGGCCUUCAGCACAACUGGAGCCAUGGAGGGUCAGGAGUUCAGAAAGACUGGCAAAUUGGUAUCCCUCAGUGAGCAGAACCUGGUUGACUGCUCUCGUUCUGAAGGAAAUGAGGGCUGCAAUGGUGGACUCAUGGACCAGGCCUUCCAGUACAUCCAGGACAAUGGAGGCCUGGACACUGAGAAAUUCUACCCCUACCUUGGAACAGAUGACCAGCCCUGCAAGUAUGAUCCCAGGUAUAGUGCAGCGAAUGACACUGGCUUUGUGGACAUCCCCAGUGGUAAAGAGCAUGCUCUGUUGAAGGCUGUGGCUGCUGUUGGUCCAGUGUCUGUGGCCAUUGAUGCUGGACAUGAGUCCUUCCAAUUCUACCAUUCAGGUAUCUACUAUGAGCGAGACUGCAGUAGUGAGGAUUUGGACCAUGGUGUUCUGGUGGUGGGUUAUGGCUAUGAGGGUGAAGAUGUAGAUGGAAAGAAGUUCUGGAUCGUCAAGAACAGCUGGAGUGAAAGUUGGGGUGAUGAAGGCUACAUCUACAUGGCCAAGGACCGACACAACCACUGUGGUAUUGCUACAGCAGCCAGCUACCCACUGGUUUAAGAAACCUCCAGCAAGGCUUUUGGAAGGCCUUAUCCUAAUCUGUUUGAACUUCACUACCAUUUAAGUGUCUUCACUGGUGCUGUCACUUGCAGCAUCGGUGCAGUAAAACUAGUUAAUUAUGAGAAAGGGAAAGUAUUCUAACCAAAUUGGGUUCGUUUGUGUGACUGAAUGCCUAUAGAACACAAAUGUAGGCUUCUGGUUUUACAUGGAACACUGUUUUUAGACAUUUUAAGUAGGUUUGCUUUUACUUUAUGUAAAUAUGUUGGUGUUUCUUGCUGAAAUGUAAAUGCAUUUCUUUUUUUUUUCCCUAGUUUUAUGAUCACUUGAACCAAUCCUGUGAAAGUGCAACAUGUGCAAUAGACCUUAUCCCGUUUUAUUUACAUCCUGUGAUCUUUGCACAUUUCAGUUCAGUUUCCUGUAAUUGGGAAGAUUUUCAUGCAAUUAAACAUCAUACUGGUACUAA